AUGAGGCCGCCCCUGCCCUCGCCCCCGCCCGCAGAAGGGAGAGCGCAUCCCUCCCCGCACCCGCCUCCCGAGGACCCAGAGCGCCAGCCCGGCGGCGGGAAGCGGCUCCGCCUGGGGGAGCCCGGGCUGUCCCCGGAGGAGCUCGAGAACGAGGGACCGGGACCGCGGAGCCAGCGCCGGCCGGAGAGCGCCCAUCCCCGCCGCAGAGAGCGCGGCGCAAUAAGUACCCCCGAAUUUCCGGCAGGGCUAGACAGCAGCGCGUCCUCCGUCCAGUUAAAGGAAACGGCAAAGCGAAAGAGUGACCCCUUGGAGGCGUGUGCUAGGGACUGCGCAAGCUUUUCCUGGUCCCCUAAUAGACACGAUGUUAAGAAGAAAAAGUUAGAGGAUGAUAAAAGGAGAUUAGAUGCAGAAAAAGAUUUUUCUGAAUAUUGUGAAAGUAACCACCAGUUCCUCAGUAACCAAAACACUUCUGAGAGCAAAAAAGAUUUGUUUAGUUUAAACUGUGACCGUAGUAGUAUAAAGUGUGACAUAGCAGACUCUGAAAAGAAUUUCACUGUAACGCUAAGAACUACAAAUCGGGAGGAAGCAGGCACAAACCUGGACAGUUAUGUACCUUCUAGGUUCGAAAAAUCUCCAGGCUGGGACUGUAAUAUGAGACAUAUUUUGAAAAGAAAUAAGCAAAGUUGUUGGGUUAUGAAAAAUUACAAGACUAACAGUGAAAGUAUAAAAAGAUCUAGAGAAAGACUGAAUUUGCUACAAUUACAAGCAAUAGAACUUUUAGGCAAGGAAGAUUAUCACAGUAUAAGAGCCGUGAGUGUGCACGAACAACAGUUAAAGCCUCUGAUGAUAGAAAUGCUAGGUAACCAAAAAUUUUUCAUGAACAUUGUUGGGCUGAAUAGUAAAGGAGAAAAUGAUACUAUGCUGCAGUUGAGAUACCGCACUAUACAAAAAGAUUUUCGUGUAAGCAACAUUUUUCAAAGUUUGAUUACAGAAAUUUUUUAUUUCCAUGAAAGUAUUUCAGGAAAACAAAAGGAUAAUAGAAUUUUAAGCUGGUGUCAAAUUUUGAAGUGCAAAAAUCAAAUCGAUACUAAAAAUCUAAUAACCAGGAGUAUCUAUGUCAACAUAAAGAGUGGCAUUUUAAGCAAAUAUAUACAAAGCAGCGUUUCAGGACAUUUAAAUAGUUUCAAAACCAGCAUAGCUUAUAUGUUCAAUAACUUUGAUGCUCUAGUCGGAAUUGAAGAUGAUUCUGAAUUAGAGGAGGGUUACAUUUUCAAACGGAUAGUGCACUUGAAUUAUUCAAAACUUAUUACAGUGGAAGGUCGUACUAUAUAUAUAAUGAGGACUUUAACUUUUUCAAAACGUUUAAAAGAUAUGAAACCUAUGUUAAAGAAAAGAAAGCCUAUAUUUAAAACCCAACAAAUUGUUGAAGGGUUUAAGAAAGAAAACUUUGAUUCUUUUAGUGCAACAACUAAGAAUCUAUGUUUUUCAAUUUUCAAAACAUAUGAAAAAAUUCCUUUUUUAAUGGACUUUGAUGACAUGGAAGAACUUUCUUUGAUAAAAAAGUCUAGUUAUGAGAAUAUGAGUUGUCUUGAACAACAUACGAAUGUAGACACCUGGGCUCACUGCAGCUUUAGUACUGUUAAAACACAUGUGAAAUCUGCGCCUCAGUUGACACAGAAAAACUAUGGAUGUAUUAGUGCAAAAUGUCAUGAAAUAAGUAUGCACAACCAAAAUUUAGGGACUGAAAGAAAACAGGAUCCUAAGAAGGUCAGCAGCUUUAAUUCUAAGCAUACAUUUGGAAGUUCUUUUAAUGUUAGACAACAGGCUACCCUGGCAAGCCAAAACACAGUGCAUAGUCUACAGAUCAAUAGUAUGACUGUAAAUCAAGUGCUGAAUUUUGAGAGCUUGCAAAGUGAAAUAGAAAGAACUAAAUAUGACUUCAUUUUGAAGAAGGAAGUAAAAGUCACAGCACAGAGUUCAAUACAUAGUUACCAAGUUUGUAUUAAAAUAGAAAAGGAAGAAGAUAGUUUUUUUCCAAAGGAUGGCAUGCUUUCUAUGCAGUCAAUUUCAUUAAGGAGUAAGAAAGUAAGUACGAAAGAAACUAAAUCCGUUAAUCAAAGUAACACAGUGGAAAAAAAUGAAUACCGGAGUAUUUUGCAAGAAAGUGAGUUAGCUAAUUCAAAGCAUUUUCAUCCAAAGAAUGAUGCAACAUUGUAUGUUAAUCAUCAAUUUGAAACUGGUUCAAAUGAAGGGAACAAUGAAUAUCUUCAGAAUUUAACUGCAAAAUGUUUAUCAACAGAAGCUCUAACAAUAGUAAAAGAUUUUGAGAUGAAGAGUAAAUUUGAUUUGGUACUUAAAGAGCUUCGUAUGUUUCAUGAAAUUAGUAAGGAAAAUGAAAUUCCAACCACUGUGGAAACCAACACUGGGCAACAAAAUUACUUUGAGGAAAGUAAUGAUGAUGAGGAGGCCAAAAUUGAGAUAGAAAAAGAUUUGAAACUGGUUACAGCCGACACAGACUGUGCAUCUCCUUUGCCCUGUGAUAUAGUAGCACGUCCUAAUAUUGAUAGAAGACACAAAGGUUUAUUUAAGUGGAAAACAGUACCCAAUAAUGGAGAACAGGAAGUUCCCAAUAUGCAUUGCUGUCCUAGAACAGCAGAGGAAGAAAUAUGCUACUUUACUUCUGAGCAAGAUGGUAAAAAUUCUUUACCUAAAAGAUCUUCUCUAUUGUCUGAUGAAUAUAUGGAAGAAAAAUUUAAUUAUUUACCAAGGGGAGGUAGUCAUUUUUCACAUGGCAUUUCAAGAAUCCAGCCUCUUAAGACGUGCAGCCGACCAAUCAGGAUUGGUUUGUCAAGGAAAGCAAGAUUUAAGCAACUCCAUCCCUACCUGAAAUAAAUGUGUUAUGAGAGUUUAAAAGAAGAUUUUGGACUUUUGAAAUAAUAUCCAGAAAUAUUUUAUGUCUUUCUUUGGAUAAAUGCUUUCUUUCAGUUUGGGGGGACUUUUCAGUUUGCAGCUUUCUUUGUUAUAAAAUGUGGAAAGGUUAUUUCGUGUCUGAAAUAUUACCUUUAAAAGUUAGGAAAUACUUUAUUAAUAUUUUCAUAUAUAAUCAGUGUGUAUUAAUGUCUUCAUGAUCUUAUAAAAUGUGUUUAUUUUUAUGAUGCAUGCAUAUGAUCUUUCUGUGGAGAUGACUGAUAACUUUUACAGAUUUUUCAAGGGACUCAUGGCUCAGAAGAAAGUAAUGAGCUACUGUUGGAAUCCAGUCUCUCCAUUUUUCAGGUGAACAGGGAGAAGUGAGGUUUUUCCAAGUGAGCUUCCCAGGUCACAGGGUUGACGUAGGAUUGGGGUGGAGGUGCUUUUGUCUGAAGAAUCUUCUCUAAUCUUUCUCAUUCCAUGUUUUCCAUUCUCCCUCUUGGUACUGGACACUGAAUCCAGGGCCCUCACACAGAGAGCUACAUCUCAGGCCUUAAU